UUAUUAUACUUCUUCAUGGUAUCAAGAGCCUUUCUCUAACGAGAUUCAAUUUUUUUCCGAUCCAAUCAUGUCGGCUAUCACUCCCACCACGCCGGUCAUCUCCCUUACGGCAUCAAACCACUUUCCCAUCAAACUCACCACAUCAAACUACCCCGUCUGGAAGUGUCAGGUUCACUCCGCUCUCGUUGGUCUCGGCCUCGACGGAUAUGUGGACGGUUCAAUUGCAGCGCCGGACAGAUACAUGGAUGCUGCCAAGACUCAGCCGAAUCCAUGCUAUGCUAUUUGGUAUCGUCAAGAUCGCACUAUCAUUAGUGCAUUACUUGGGAGUUGUGCCGACGCCAUCCAACCCUUGAUCUCGUCUGUUACGACGGCAAAACAAGCCUGGGAUAAGCUCUCACUCACGUAUGCGAGCACAUCACGGGGCAGAAUAAUCUCCCUUAAAACUGCCCUCUCCCGGACUACAAAAGGCGGCAGAUCAAUCACCGAAUAUAUUGCUGAGAUGUAUGCUCUUUCCGAGGCACUGGCCCUCGCUCAAAGCCCUAUUCCUGAGGAAGAUUUGGUGAUUAAUAUUCUUAACGGCCUAAGUCCUGAUUAUGGUGAAUUAAGGUCUGCAAUUCGCGUGCGUAAUACACCACUCCCGUUGGCAGAGCUUCAGGACAUCCUCCUGGAGCAUGAACAAAAGCUACAUGAAGCAGGUAUGGCGGUGCAGCAGCUAGUACCCACUGCACACUUUACCCAAGCUACAGGUCGCACGGGUGACACAUCCAUGCAGGUAGACCGCCGUCCCAUGCAGAUCAAUGAUCGCCGUGGUCAACAUACCCGUCGUGGUCGCGGUGGACACAACUCUGGACAGUACCGGGACCCGCCAUCUCAUGGAAUUGUGUGUCACUUCUGUAAUUUCUCAGGGCAUGAGGUCAAACAGUGCCGGAAAUUACAGCGGUUUUUGCGUGAUCAUCGGAUCAUCACUUCAUCGGGUUCUGGCUCUCCGUCAGUUCAUCACACGGCAGUCAACCCUAUGACCAAUGGUCAACAAUGGCUAUUUGACAGUGGGGCCUCCCAUCAUGUAACCUCAGAUAAUUCAAAUCUUCCGAAUUAUGCCGAGUAUGGAGGCCCGGAUGAGGUUCAUCUUGGUGACGGAUCAGGUAACGGGAGCGGUACUCAUGCGCGGGGAGAACAUCCAUGAUGUCUAUUAUGUUCAGUCACCACACUCUCCACAAAUCAAUCUGUCUCGGGUCUUCAGUCCAUCCCACUGGCAUCACACAUUUGGUCAUCCGUCUCGUCGUAUUCUUAAUAUGUUAAUUCAUCAAAAUAAAAAUGUUACUCCGUGUAACAUCAAGCUUAGUGAGUCUCAUUGUUCGUCCUGUCAUAUUAAUAAAAGCACUAAACUGCCUUUUUCCAUUAAUACUAUGCAAGCCCAUUCUCCUCUUGAGUUAAUAUACAGUGAUGUUUGGA